AUGUCGCGCAUCUUCAGCGCUAUUCGACGGAAAUGGGUUCCGCCAGCACUCAUGUCCGCCAACUUGGAGGGAUAUACCGUCCUGGUGACCGGCGCCAACGUGGGACUCGGGUUUGAAGCCGCCCUGAAAUACGUCUCACUUGGAGCGUCCACUGUGAUUUUCGGGGUGCGGAGCAUGGAAAAGGGCAACGCGGCCAAAGACGCCAUUGAGGAGCAGACUCAACGACGGGGUGUUAUCAAAGUAUGGCAUCUCGACAUGGACGAUUCCAGCAGCGUCAAGGCAUUUGCAGACCGCGUCAGCACAGAGGUAGAACGGGUGGAUAUCGCUCUGCUCAAUGCAGGCCUGCACAUGGCCUCUUUUACCAAGUCGCCAGAGGGGUGGGAAGAAACUUUGCAAGUCAAUCUCUUGUCGACUGUCUUGUUGGCUUUACUGUUGCUGCCGAAGUUGAAAGAGGGAGCGGGUGCCUUGGCCGCAAAGACAGGAGCGGCGGCGGAAGAAGAACAGAAUAACCGCAUUCCCCAUCUCACAAUCGUAAGCUCCAUGGCAUACAAACUAGUUGGGCAUGGAGAAUGGGAAGACGCGCCGGACAUUUUGCAGCAUUUCAAUACACCAGACAACUAUAGUGGCCCCAGACAGUACGCCGUGUCCAAGUUAUUGCUCAUGUACGCUGUCGAUGAACUGGCCGCUUUAGCCGCUGCUCCUGCUGUUCCUACCACUAAAGCUCCGACUGGAGAUUCUGCGUCAGCAACGUCACCACCACAGGUCAUUGUGACUCCUCUGUGUCCUGGAUUCUGCUGGUCCGACUUGGCGCGACACUAUUCCGGGUUUUUUUACGGUGUUGCCAAAUACAUUUUCUACAGCCUUUUAGCCAAGUCGACCGAGGUUGGGAGCAGGACGCUAGUGAAUGCGUCGCUGCAAGGACCGGAAGCGCAUGGAAAGUUUUACGACGUUGAGAAUAUCGCGGAGUGA